UUAAUUUUCCUCUGUUGUCGGUUUCUUGAAAACGUUCACACAAACAUAGCAAACCUUCAAAGCUCACUUUUUCCUUUCACUAUAAACUCAAAAUACUCAAAUGCAUUUUCUGCAGGACCCCAUUUCCCAUUUUAGCCGUUUUAUUGAAUGUUUGUCUUUAAUUUGUCCCCACCUUAUCAUCAUCAUCAACAUCUUCUAACUCUCUACUCUUUUACUCUCAAAAAAAGCCCCACCUAGCUGUACUCAACUCAAAAGUUUUUAAUGUGAACACAUCUCCAUAGCCCUCCAAAUAUAAGUCAACUUUUAUGUUUUUUUUUUCAAGACUUGUUUAUUCUAUUUUGCUAAUCUUGUUCAUCCCAAGACUUGAUUUUUCUUUAGUCUAAAGUAGAAAUGAGUGAAAACCCAUCUCCCAGAAUCUUCAAAACAAUGACCAACUUGAAGAUUUUCAAGAAAUUUAAACCUUUUGAGCCUUCACCAGGUGUACUUGGCUGCUUCUUUUUCACUGUUUUCUUGUUUUUGUGUCUCUUCUUGUUGGAUUAUAGAACAGUGAACAAAGGGCCUCGUUUGCAUCAACCAUCCUUGCUCGCUACUUGGAUUGGGAUAAAUGGAUCGUCCUUGUCCUAUGAGAAAACUGAAAAGAUUGAUUUUUUGGAAAAGGGUGCUGAAAAUUGUGAUAUUUUUGAUGGUAAUUGGGUUUGGGAUGAAAGUUAUCCACUUUAUAAAUCAAAGGAUUGUAAGUUCUUGGAUGAAGGAUUUCGUUGUACUGAGAAUGGUAGGCCUGAUAAUUUCUAUACUAAAUGGCGUUGGCAACCGAAAGAUUGCAACUUGCCCAGAUUCGAUGCAAAAAUCAUGUUGGAAAAGCUGCGGAACAGACGGGUUGUAUUUGUAGGGGAUUCAAUUGGAAGAAACCAGUGGGAGUCUCUUCUCUGCAUGUUGUCUUCUGCAGUUCCUGAUAAAAGCAAGAUAUAUGAAGUUAAUGGAAGUCCUAUCACGAAGCACAUGGGUUUCUUGAUUUUCAAGUUCGAGGAUUUCAACUGCACUGUCGAGUACUAUAGAGCUCCAUUCCUAGUGUUUCAAGGCCGUCCACCUUCAGGUGCUCCUAAAAAUGUUAAAUUGACCUUGAGACUUGAUCAAAUGGAUUGGAGUUCUGCUCAAUGGAAAGGGGCAGAUGUUCUGGUAUUCAACAGUGGUCACUGGUGGAUUUAUGAAAAAACUAUUAGAGAGGGAUGUUACUUUCAAGAAGGUGGAGAAGUUGAUAUGACCAUGAGUAUUGAGACUGCAUACCGGAGGUCAAUUUUGAGAUUGGUUGAUUGGAUAGAUCAUGAAGUGAACAUGACCAAGACACAUGUCGUAUUUCGAACUUAUGCUCCUGUUCACUUCAGAGGUGGGGACUGGAAGACUGGGGGUGACUGUCAUCUGGAGAAACUACCUAACAUAGGAUCGUCCCAAGAGUCCCUGAAGACGUCAUUUGAAUAUAACACCGUAAUCAACGUGCUGUCGGAGCAACAGAACAAAUCAAAAGCGUGGAAUUUGGAUUUAUUGAAUGUAACGGGGAUGACAUUUCAGAGAAGAGACGGUCACUCAUCUUUGUAUUACUUAGGUCCUAAGGUGGGACCCGCUCCUCUCCACCGCCAAGACUGCAGCCACUGGUGCCUCCCCGGUGUCCCUGAUACAUGGAACGAGCUUCUGUAUGCCACCUUCCUCAAACGGGAGUUAGCUCGUGCAAAUUUUUCAAAACAAACUUCUUGAUCUCCCGAAUGACAGAGGUAAAAAGAU